CUGGCCGUUGCUCUCCAUUCCCUUCCAGUGUAUUCCAAGUUAAGAAGGAGACAGUGACAAAAUCGGCCGGGUGCUGCGUCAAAUCCAGAGUAUUCGUUGCAACUAACGACGCAGCAUCGAGACAUAUCUUCCACGAACUGGGCUUGAACCUAGGAGAGUAGGGUGGACACAAUCCUGCGAUGGUCAGUUGGCCGCUGGGGAUUUCGGUACACCAGUCAAGAGGGUACUUUUGACCACAGAAGUUUGACUGUGCAGGAUAGACGAACAGAUUGAAGAUUUUGUCGCAGUCUGACAAGCAUUCGCGUUGAGAGUUUGAACCAGUAUUAUUGGGGUGCGAGGUGAUGAUAUCCUCUGGCCCAGUUUCAGAUUGGGUCGUCCCGGAUUCAGAGUGUGCGGUCCUAGAUUCAGAAAGAGUCGGCCCAAAUUCAGGGUGGGUUGCAAAGUGUGCUGUUCCGGAUUCAGAUAAGGUUGACCCAAAUUCGGAGUGUAUUGCCCCAGAUUCAGAGUGGGCUGCCCAGAUUCAGCAGUAUUCUCUAACUGGGACCGUCCCACAAUAUCCUGUGCAGUUGUGCAGACCACCGAAGCGCCAAACUGUGCAGCAACCUCUCGCAUCCCAAUCACAGAAGUGUGGUUGUCCUCAAGGUAGCAAAACACACUGCCCUCCCCUACCCUCCUCGCUCCACACACAUCACCCCCUGCAACCUUCAAGUCACGCGUGU